GCAUAAUUGUAUUUGUUUUGGCAAGUCCUUGCAUGCAUUUCAAGACGUACUAAAUAUUGCAGUGAUGCAAUAAACAGGAAGUAAAUUUGGAAAGGCACAGGUCAGGGCCUGGCCCAUGGCCUAGGCUGCGAGGAGACUCGAGAGUCAUGCUAAUUAGCUUAGCAUAAUAAUCUACACACAGAGGGUAUGGAAAAGACAAUUGUUAAUUGAUGGAUCAUAUUCAGUAAUGCUGUGGUGACCAGUAUACCAAUAUCUGUCAAGCUCGAGGAUGGUGGAGUAACUAAAUAAAUGAAUGCUCCCUCUGUGUUAUUUAUUUGACCAAUGAAGAGGAGAGGUUAUAUUCAGCGAGGGCUUUUAAAGUAACAAACAAUUCUACUUCCGCUUUCACAUUCAACAUUCAAAGUGAAGAAACAGGCUCGUCUUGUGAAUUGUUGCUUUACUGUACAAGCUCUACCAACCAAAUCUCACAUCAGUCACACACAACACUCACAACAUUUGCACUUGUGAUUAACCAACGUUUUGUCUUUUGAUGAAAGGUUUCAAGUGUCUAUCGCCCUGAGGUUGCAAUGAAUUUGAAACAUCACUGUGUUCAUGCUUUCCUCUUGUUUACCAUCAUAUUUUGUCAGCCCUCGUCAUCAGUGUUUGAAUGGUUGUUUGGUGCCGGAGAAGGGGGAGAGAAAGCUGCAGGGACAUUAGGAGGAGAAAAUCGUACACCAAUCCGUUUUGAGGUUCUGUCCUCCGAUGAGAAGUUUCUUGACUUUGCACAAACUCUCACAGACCUUUCUCCCCUUGAUGCCUGCUACAACAUAGUGAUUUACAGCUUAAAGACAAAAUGUGGAGAGCUGUCAGAAGAAGAGCUGGGGAAACUGUCGGUGCAGCUGCUCAACUGUCAGUCCGAGGUGGAGGACAGGACUGUGUUCCCGUGCACGGCCUCUAUGAGCCUGGCUGACUGUACUAAGUCAAUGGAUGGGACGACUUGGAACAGUUAUCAAAUUGUUGGUAACCGAGCCAGGGCCAUGUGUUACGCGACACAGCAGGUUCAGUUUCGCCGGCUGACAGAGCAGACUGUGAACAGGCUUCUUGGGGCCACCUCAGAACAAGUCAAGUCCUUGAACGAACUUAAGGAUGGACAGGACCAGCUGCAUUCCUUGACCGCGGAGACGGUGCGGAAACUGUACGAGAGUCAGCAAGACCUUCUGUCCACGCAGCACUCCCUGCGAGACGCGCACCAGGACAUCUUCAACCACAUCGCCAGCAACGUGAAGGAGAUCAUGCAGGAGAAAGCUCUCAUCGCUUCGGGGAACCGGGAGCUGGCCAGCAUGACGGAAAACAUUCGAGAAAAGCUGGAGCUCACAGCCGAGCAGAUCAAACAAAGGGAGAGCAGCGAGCAUAAAAAACAUGAAAGAAUCCUCAAAGAUCUGAAGGACAUUCAAGACAACACGGAGGCCUCCGUCAGAAAACUAGACAACAACCUGCAGCGACUGCUGGGCAAGUACGAGGAGCUGGACUCUCAGUACGGGGGGCUGGCCGAGAACCUGAGCAAGAUGAACGGAACAAUCACGUACCUCAUGGCCUCCGUGACCUACAUGCAGAAACACCUGGACGACCGCAUCAACUGGAUCUCACAGCUUCUCGACGGUGCUGACGACAAGCUAUCAGCCAUGUCGUGCUGCCUGCUGCACAUCGCCUACUUCUUCCUGCUGGCCGUGACUGCCACGUUCCUGCAGGUGUCGCUGCCGGUGCGUCUGGCCAUGAUGGUGGUCAUCGUGGGCAACGUGGCCGCCGAGCUCAACUACGACCACAGCCUGGACUUUGCCGGGCUCACCGUGUUCCUGUGUACCUUGUACUUUGGUUUCAAACUGGUUGUAUACUCCGGCAGACGAUUUGACCGGACGAGACGCUAUUUCUCUCACUCUCAGGGAGGGACCCCACAACGAGGGAGCGCUACUGGGAGUCCGUUGUCUUCUGACGAAAUGAGAACUCUGCUAGAUCUGCUUCAGCGGUUCUCGCGAGGAGUUUCAGGACACCUGAACGCCUCAUACGCUCCGACUGCCAACGGCACGGCCCUGAGAGACACCAGCAUAGGUCCGUCCCGACACAACGUGGGUCCGUCGAGACACGACGACCGACACAGCGACGGACACAGUGACAGUGGCGAUGAGCCGGUCACACCCCCAGCGACGUACGCCUCGUUUUUAAACAGCAGCAGCCGUUUGCUAGACGCUAGUCGGACAGAGUUGCCCACUCCACCAAGGAGGACUGUCCUUGACCCACUUAUCACAGGUCGUGGUUCAAGGUCGUCGUCCCGGGCGUCUACCCCAGUGCCAAGGGACUCAAGGUCGUCCACUCCGUCCGUCUCCUCUCGCUGUCUCUCCAACACGGUCGCCGGGACUCAGUGCCGUAUGCCGGCCGCGGGCGGGUCGGACUUCUGCCGGCGACAUAGCCAGAGCCAGAGAUAGCGCUCCGAUGUAUUCGUCCACCCAUCGUCAAAGAAUCUUUCUCCUCCUUUUAAUCAGACCAGACGUCUUUUCAGAAGUUUGUCACAGCUCAAGGACAGCAAAGGAAUCAAACGAUGUGUUCUCCAAGUUUUGCCGGAUAUUUUUGUAUUGUACUUGAGGUUUUGUUCAGUUGAGACCCCCCUUAGAUUUGAUCACGGUAUGUGAGGCAUCCUGGUGAAGUCAGGCGCUCGUCAAAAUAAUGAAAUCCGAGAAAUCGGCGUUUUUCCACCAGUUUGACAUUUUAUAUUUUAACUUUUAUUUUUUCGCUCAAAAUUUUGUAUGUCAAUUAAGUAAUAAAUUUCUGUAUGGAUUUUAUGGAAAAACAUUGAUUAAAGGCACAAAAAUGUAAUUUUGUCGUUUCCAAGGACUCUUAA